UUUGAAUAUACCAAAUUUAACAGCUGUAUGAAAUCAUCGUUAGAAAUAUCGAUACCUUAUCGAUAUUUCUAGAUCUCUAACAAAUAAACCAUAAUUUGUGAAGUGAUAAAAAAUAAACAAAGAAAAAUGUCUCAGCCCAAUGGAGAAAAAACGUCUCAGCCAAGUGCGCCGCAUUAUGAUUUUCAGUAUGACACAAACUCUAUGAGAGCACCACCACCAACAUAUGAACAAAGUCAACAGCAACCAAUGAAUUACGCACAGCCGCCGGCUCAAGCACCCCAAUUUUACCACCAUCCACCACAAAUGCACAGCAAUCAAUAUUAUGGAAUGAUGCAUCAUCAACAAUUGCCACAAAUGAUGCAUCAUCCUGGUCUCGGUUAUGGUUAUGGACCCAGCACAUCAACAGGUGCACCACGAGUGUUGCAAGUGGAUUCACGUGCAGAGCUGCGCACUACAGCAGCAGGAGCUGUUGUUGUCCCGCCGCCGCCUCCUGGUUGCUUGCCAACUCCAGCUCAGUUGGCUGCAAUGCAGGGACAACAGGUUGUGGUGCAGCAGAAGAAGCGUUCUUUCUUCUAGAUAAUCGAAUAUAUACCUCAUUAAGCUUUAUGUAUAUGUUAAUCUCUUAAAUUAAUAAACGAUAAUUCGUCUUGUUCUCGCGUAUAUUUGAAAGAACAUGUUGUUGCUAGACGCUAAAAAACUACUUGGAACACUCAGGAACUUAGACUACUACUCGAAAAUGUUCUCAAAGUAUGUACUAUCAAAUGUCUGGACACGCACAAAACCGUCUUCACCGCCUGAUGCAUAGCUCUUGCCAUCCGGAUGGAAAGCCAAAC